AGCCUGGCAAACAGGUUCUUCUGCAGCGAAAAAAAUCCCGAUCAACAGCUAGAAUUUCUCCAUCUGCCGUCCCGUUUCAUCGAAUCCCCUCCCUCUCAACGUCUCCAUUCGAUUCUUACCCUCGUGGCCUCUUCACCUCCAUUGUUGAGCUUCUGAGUUUCAGCUUUCAGGCUUCGAGCGUCCUCUCCUGCGUCAUCGUUUAGCUGCGCCUCUGCUUUGUGACUCUGGCAGCGUUGUUCUGCGUCUUCGUGAAUUUGCCAUUGCCAGGGUGUUUGUAGCAUACCUUACUCCUUCAUUCCCUCCAUUCUCCCUGCUUCGUCUUCUUACUUCUUAUCCUCUGCCUUUAGCAAGAUAAAUAAAUAUUAGUGUUUCGCUGCCUUUGGUAAUGGGGAGUGAGGCAGAUCCAGUAAAGGAGGCCCAAAUAGUGGAUGCCCGGGCUAGAAACAUCAGUCAUAAUGUGAGGUGCACAGAAUGUGGGAGUCAAUCCAUUGAAGAUUCUCAAGCAGACAUUGCGAUUCUGCUUAGAAAGUUAAUUCGUGAUGAGAUUCGUAGUGGGAAGACAGACAAGGAAAUAUACAAGAAGCUUGAGGAAGAAUAUGGAGAGACUGUACUCUAUACACCAAAGUUUGAUUUGCAGACUGCAGCUUUAUGGCUAUGCCCUCUUCUAGUUGCGGGUGCGGCAGCUGGUGUAUGGGCUUACAACAAGCACAGGAAGAAGACUAAUGUUCAUAUCAUGGCUUUGAACCUUAUCAGAGGUGUUCCAUUGACCCCAAAAGAAAAACAAACCAUGCUUGAUCUUCUCACACCACCCCCAUCACAGAAUCCAAGAACUCCCUUCUGGUGGAGGAGAUGGCGUGGGUAAUGAUCUCAUACUGUCUCCUUUCAGGAUUUGGAUCAAUCCCUGCAUCGUUAUGAAGUAAAGUUUUGGUUAGGGACUCAGAAUAAUAAUCAAGAGUUAUAGACAUCAUAAUUUCUCUGUAGGACAGAAGGUGCCAUCAGUGUUUUGUGAAGUUAUAGCUAAUGUAUAUAUCUAUAAAAUUUAGUCUUUCCGACUUCCUUCUUCA